AUGAAAAAUUAUAAUUAUCUCUUUAAGUAUAUUAUUGUGGGAAGCACUAGUGUAGGAAAAAGUUGUUUGCUUCUACAAUAUGUGGAACAAAAAUUUAGAAAUGCUUACCAAGUCACCAUGGGAGUAGAGUUCGGAACCAAUCUUAUCAAAUCUAAUGGGCAUGUUAUUAAGUUAUAUAUAUGGGACACUGCUGGAUAAGAGUCCUUUUCAUCCAUGAUUCGAUCGUAUUAUAGAAAUGCUAUUGGAUGUAUAUUGGUCUUUGAUUUGACAGACAGAAAAUCGUUUGAGUCCCUGGUCAAAUGGUACAAUGAAGUGUUGAGUUGCACUGGCAACGACAUUCAAAUAAUUAUUGUCGGAAAUAAAAGUGAUUUACAGAAUAAUCGGGAAGUUCAAGAAAGAGAGGCUUUGGAUCUUGCCAAAAGGUUCAAUGGAAAAUAUGUAGAGGCAUCUGCUUUAACAGGAUCUAAUGUCACCCAGAUAUUUGAAACUCUAACUGAAUAGAUACUUUAGGAAAUCUAAAGUGGUAAAAUUGAUCCACAAAAUGAAAUUUAUGGGAUAAAAAUAGGUGAUUUUGAAAAGAGAAGAAAUUCAGAGUUUGUUCCUAAAACUUAAAGGUAGUCCGUUUAGGUGAGUUAUCCAAUUCAAUCACAAAAGUGGGAGUGUUGUUGA